UUCAAAUUCAAAUUAACAUUCAAAAUCUCUUCAUUUGUUACCGGCGGCGAACAUAAGCAAAGGGUUUAAGAGCCGAAAUCGUCCAAGAUGAUUAUUCCGGUUCGUUGCUUUACUUGUGGGAAGGUUAUUGGAAACAAAUGGGAUAUGUACCUCGAUCUGCUCCAGGCAGACUACAGUGAGGGAGAUGCCCUUGAUUCCUUGCUAUUGGUUCGCUACUGCUGCCGAAGGAUGUUGAUGACACAUGUCGAUCUGAUCGAGAAGCUCCUGAACUAUAACAGUCUCUCUCUCUCAUACCUCUGGAGAAAUCCGAAGGCAGUUGAUGCAACAUUGGAGUGAGUCUUACUUGGGAGAUGAGGGAAGUAUGUGAACUUUUUCUGAAACUUGAUGAAAAUGGUUUCCUAUGAACUAUUAGCUACUAUGUAACAUGAGACAACAAGGUAUCAUUGAUACUUGUAAACAAUGCUAAUUAUACUGUAGAAUUUAGUUAGUUAGUACUAUUUUAAUUA